AUGCCAGCUCAGAUCGAGUUGCUUGUACACGUCUCAGGCCCAAGUCGUGGGGCAGAUGAUGCACGAUACCGAAAAGAGGCACACGGCUUCCUCGACUUUGACUUGGUCGAAAGACAUCCUGUUUACAAUGGAAAUGAAGAUAGCAAGAGGCCACAAAGCCAGGUUGUGGAAACUAGCGAAGGGCCGUCUUUACCCAACGACAGCGUACAGGUCAACGACUCUUUCGGCCCUACGCAAAGGAUCAAAGCAAUCAAAGAUCUAUUCCAACAGCGUGUAGAGGGUGUUACACCAGUAAGAUUAGCCAGUACGAGACAGGACCUGAUCACUCCCGCUGCAACAAAGAAUAUCAUCUCUCCGUCUCUGCCCUGGACCAGCGUGAAAGAAACACCGCGUCUCCUUAUUGAGCGGACGCCAGCUUUGAGGCGUUCCCAAACUGUGCCCAAUGGUAAAAUACCAUCUGAAAUAUCGCGGACUUUACGGAGGGUCCACUCCGACUCAUUCGAAACACCACCCAGCGUGGUCCCGAAUUCGCAGCCCUCGGUCCCAUCCAGUGCAAACCAACCAUCAAGCUCGCCAAUACUCAAACGACCUUUCGAGUUCACCUCUUCGUCUACCGAGCAACCUCCAUCACCAUCUCGUAAACGAGCACGCCAGUCAUCUCCCCCACUGCCUAAGAUCUCUCGAGAGGAGCCCCACUCAGUCCUGCCCUCUUCUCCCAUACUGAACCCUCUGCACCUCACAAGCAGCCAGCCAGAGCAGACAUCGUCGCCUCCCUGUAAUAUUCAAGUGCCAUUACUGAUCUAUGCUCCUCGGCCCACGACUGCCAACGAGAUCUUUACCACACAUCUCACCGCCAACCUCAUGAAAAUAUCGAAGGCCUUUGAUGCCCAGAAGUGGUCCAUCUCUUACCUUUCUUCUCGAGUCCUCGAUAAAUGGGAGCGUGGCCACUGGUUGAUUUCGCUUCAGAACUGGGAGUCAAGGAUGAAAGAGAAGGUAUGGCGUUGGCUUGAGGAUUACGUGGGGAAUGGAAAGGCGGGAUGGGGUGUCAUGUGCGUGAGGGAGAUGGCGGAGAAGCUCGAGAACAGAAGUAAUGAGAAGGAAAAACUGAUACUUGGGCCGCAGGAGGAGGUCUUGAAGGUCUAUUGCUGGGGCGAGAUGGUGAAGGAGAUUUUACUGGUCAUUUUCGCGGCAGGAGGGAAUGUCUGGAAGGGGAAGGGUUUGAAUGCGAAGUGGAUCGAUUCACUGGGGCAGGUAGCUGUGGUUGCAACCAGGGAAAAAAAGGGCUGA